AUGUGCCUCAGAAUCUACAUUGCCGACUCCAGCGGUCGUCGUGCGAAGAGAAAGGCAUGGCGGAAACGAAGAGUCAAGUUUGCACGAUAUACCGAAUCCACUCCCAUCGCCUCCUUCGACACAAUCCCGGGUUUCUAUCGCGUCUUCUUUACUAUCAUCGAUCCUAUCCUUUCGAUAUUUGGAGCCAUUAUGCACACUUCUCCCUCAUCGAUUCUGCCAAACUAUUCCACCAUUCCAAUCAUGCCUCCCUCAACUGAGACGCGUCUACUGCUUGACGCUCUCGUGGGAUUCUUCUUGUUCUUAGCCUUCUUGCAGGCCAUUCUGCUACGUGCUCGCCCUCAUGAUUUGGGAGUGUGGAAGAUCCUGCAAGCAGGGAUGCUUGUCGUAGACGUGGMCAUGGUACUAGCUUUUGCCAGGGCGCUGAGUAAUACAGGCAGAAUGGACACGGACACCUGGCGGAGCGAGGAGUGGAGCAAUAUUGGUAUUAACAGUGCAGUCGGCUUUAUUAGAUUGCUUUUCGUGUUUGGGGUUGGUGUGAGAAGUGAGAAGAAGGAAGCAUGA